CCUCUUCCUCCUUCCUCCUCCUCUUCCACUUCCUCCCCGCUUCUCCUUGUACUUCCUACUGCUAUUUCUACGUCUACUUUCUGAUACCUUCGUGUUUUAUUUCUUCACUUUCCUGCUGGAAUCGCAUCCGUCGGCCGUAUAUAUAAGUCGUGUGCUCGGUCUGGCCGAGGAAUGUCUCCGUGAGCGAUCGCCGCCCACUUGGUAGCCUCCGCAUUAUCCUCCGCACUGGCGCCUCGUUCACUUUCCUCGGGGUAGAAACCACGCGGCAUGGCUCGAAAACCAAGUCACCAGAGGGUCACCUACGGUAGGCUUUUUAUCUUCUGCGCGUGCAGCUGCCUUGUCGCAGACACUUGGCUGACAGUCUGUCUGCUUCACUUUCCCCAGUUCUUCCUCUGCCCGACGCUCCGGGCGGCCAUCGACUAGGAGUGAAUGGCCUGACCAUUGACCCUGAUAACUCUAUCCUGUGAGCCUCCUCCGUCCCCCUUUUUCUCGGUGCGUGGCGCCAGUCUAGAGAGCAUGCACCCUUCGGCUGUAGGCGACGAGCGUAGCGCAUCUCCGUUCCCCUCCGCGUCGCCCUCGUUGCAGUUUCUGACCACCGUCGCCCCCAACUCAGGUACUCCGCUGGUCGCGACGGUGUUGUGUGCUCGUGGGAUCUCAAUUUACCUCUUUCGAACUCUUCGGUAUCAUCGGUCUCGAACGCGAAGCCUCCGCCGACGGCGUUUCGGAACCAAGUCCAGGCACACAGUCACUGGAUCAACGACAUCGUCCUCACCCAGAAUAAUUCCGCACUGGUCUCCGCUUCCUCUGACACGACCGUGAGAUUGUGGCGACCGCACUCCGACUCGACUGAGGUGCCCGACCCUAUUGGGAAACAUGCGGAUUACGUCAAGGCCCUGGCCACCCCGGAUAGCCGUUCGAAUUGGGUCGCAUCGGGCGGUCUCGAUCAUAAGCUCAAACUGUGGGAUCUGAACGGCGGCGGCGAGAUACUGAAUAUCGAUGUUUGCGGCGACGAUCGUACAGCCAAGGGCUCGGUCUAUGCCUUAGGGGCUGUGUCUUCUGUCCUCGCCAGCGGCGGGCCCGAGAGCGUGGUCAGAAUCUGGGAUCCGAAGUCUGGCAAAUUGAUCACCAAAUUCGUCGGCCAUACCGACAACAUUCGCGACAUCUUGAUCAACCAGGAUGGUGAUACGGUUAUGACGGCGUCGUCCGACCAAACGAUUAAGAUCUGGUCCCUCACGGCAGGAAGGUGUAUGCACACCUUAACGAUGCACAACGACAGUGUCUGGUCCUUAUACUCUAAUCACCCGCAGUUGUCCGUCUUCUACUCGAGUGACCGAUCCGGCUUGGUCGCCAAAACAGACACCCGGCAUUCUUCGGAUAUUGAGCAGGGAAUUUCCAUCGCGGCCUUGCAGGAACACGAGGGCGUGGUCAACGUCGUGGCCGCUGGCGACUACAUCUGGACUGCGACCCCGAAGUCAAGUAUCAACCGGUGGAACGACAUCGAUACCACAGCCGAAAUCGACUCUCCGAGAGAGCGGGAGGCUGCGCCUGCGAAAGAUGAAAAGGAGUCUGCGGCGAGGGAACGGGUAAAGAAGAUUCCGUACGAGUCGGUUCUACAGCUUUCCAACACCUCAAUGUUUCCCAAAUCUCGGGUCCCGGAGGGAGUGGUGCCUCGGUCAAUGGCGAAUGGGCAACCGCCUUCGCCAGGUUCCGACAUGGAAGAUGAACUGGAGCUUACUAUUCCCGUGUACUCUCUGCCCGACGACACAAUAGAGGGCCAGCAUGGCUUAAUCAAGCACUUCUUCUUGAAUGACCGGAAGCGAACAUUAACCCAGGACUCCGCUGGGGAAGUGGUCCUCUGGGAUCUUCUCAAGUGCGUGCCGAUCCAGUCAUUCGGCAAGCGUCACAUGGACGAUGUCGCGUCUGAGAUCAACACAAACGAGAGUAUUGCUCACUGGUGCACAAUCGAUAUCCGGACCGGUCGACUUUCCGUGAUACUGGAACCUGGCCGGUGUUUUGAUGCUGAGGUCUACGCGGAUGAAGCCGAUUUAUCGGAUUAUUCACAGAUCCGCGAGGACCAAAGAAUCAAUCUGGGUAAAUGGAUUCUCCGGUGGCUUUUUGCGCCUUUGGUUGAGGAAGAGAUACAGCGAGAUGCCCAGUAUCGCGCCACUGCGAUGGCAAAGGCCGAAGAACUGGCUAAACAGAACAUGAAUGCCACGGCACCCAUGGACAUUCCGACCAUAGAUGGGUCAAGAAGCUUUGGCACAUCUCUGGAUCCUUCAAUGUCCUCCCUGCGCCAGGGAUACGACACCCUAGGCAGUCCCACAACGCCUGGGUUUGGCAUCGGGUUUGCCAAUAGCCCUGGCUCAUUCGCCGCGACUCCGAUGUUCAAUCAGAGUAGCUCUCAGAACAAUAGCAAUCAUUUCGGCACGUCUCCUGGCGAGCUGUCCGAUUAUACGACGUCUCAGCAAGCUGCUGAUCCUACAAGAAGCUCAAUGUCCGAUAAGUCUAGUGACUACUUCUCUUCGCCCCGAUUGCAAGGUCUACCGCCCUUGGAUGUUGACCGGGCGCUGUCGACAACGCCCGGGGAGCCAACGCCAACAGCCCUUCCUCAGUCACCAGCGGAGCCUGACAAGGAGGAACGCAAGAGAGGUGGCUCGCUGUUCGGAAAGAAGUUCCGCAUGGAUUUCCCCAAGAAGCUUGGCCGAACUUCGUCGGAAGUCAAGCCGCAGAUCCAAGAGGAAAAGGUAGAAGAGUCGGAUAAGUCUUCCGUCAAGGAGGAGAAGGUGUUUGAGAACAACCUCAGUGGCUUCAUUGACCGCAUCCGUCAUGAAUAUGAAGAGUCAUUGUCUGCCAAUUCUACACAGGAUCUAGCCUCGGCUUUCUCGCCAAGCCACGAGAGCGAAACCCCGGCAUUGGCUAUUCCUUCGCGCACUGCGGUAUUCAUCCAGGAGGAAUCGGGUGAUACAGCCGUGGCUUCAGAUCUUUAUCGCGGAAGUGUCGGUCGAAUCAGCCAGGAGGUCGACAAACUUGAGAAGUCGAUACCUCUGUGGCUUGCCGACCUGCUACUCAAGAACCAAGUUCCUUUCAAGGAACCUAUUAAGAUUGCCUUCACGUUGAAGCCAUACGAUGAUUUGUUGCCGCCCGUGGUCAAGCCCGAUGUGAACACCGCCAACGGUAAUACGACAAACAAUUCUCGCCUGAACGCCAACCGAAUGCUCCGGGCCAAAAAGAUCCUUGCUUAUAUAGCGGAACGAAUUGAUCCGCCCAAUCCCGACGAGCCGGAGGAUAACCCACUGAAGCCGGAAGAGUAUCUGGAGCUGUACUGUCAAAAGACGCUUCUACCCCCGAAUAUGACUCUUGCGACCAUGCGUGCCCACAUCUGGCGAUCAUCGGGUGACAUGAUCCUUUACUACAAGGCCAACGGAAAGAAGGAAAUCCGAAACCCUGAGGCUGGAAGAGACAACGACCAAAACCGGCAGGCUUCUGAGGGCGGGUUGACUCCCCAACGACUCGGUGAACCGGGCAGUUUGACCAACGGAGAGGGCAAGAUUGCGCCCCCAGGAAGUAUUCAUUCUCUGACCGCGUCUGGUUCUGCAUCGGCUUCUAUUAGUAACUCCUGAGUUGUAUCUUCCCAGGAGGAUUUCAUUCUUUGUGACAUUAUUUUUAUUUCUUGUGGCGAUAUGGCCGGCGGCCAGUUGUGUGAUAUAUCAGUCUAGUCUAGUACAGUACAUACAUUUGAAAAUGGUGAGUUGACCAGAUGGCAAAAUUUGGGCAAGUCUGCCGAGAGGCAAGAAUUGUGACGUAUGAAAUAAAGACGUAGAUGAGGACCUAGA